AUGCAUUUGCCAUCCUGUCUCGCGUUUGGUUCCAUCAUAUGGUCCGCCGCCGCGGCAUCUACACCCAAGGUCCCUAGGCAUGAUGGACGUCGGCUGCACGAGGGUCCAUUCGCGCCCGGCACUGCGUCGGAUUGCGCAUACUACGACGCAGCCGCGGACUCUUCGCAGACGUGCCGACAAUUCGAAGCCGCCUGGGGUAUUUCGCACGACGACUUCGUCGCCUGGAACCCCAGCGUCCAAUCCGACUGCAGCGGCAUCGAGGUCGGCGUCUCAUACUGCGUCGGGGUGAGCAACGUCCUGCCUCGCUCGUCGAGGACUGAGAGGAGCACCGCUGUGAUCGACUCCUCCUUCGACAAGCGGUCGCCAGCUCCUCCAUCGCCCAUGGAGCCAGACACGGAGGAAGAAUGCCAAAAGUACUAUCGGGUGGUGUCUGGAGACACAUGUGUGAAAAUCGUCCGGAAGCACAGCCACACGUUCACGCUGGCCGACUUUUAUCGGUGGAAUCCUGCUUUGGGGAAUGGUCUGAGGCCCUGCCUAUCCGUGUGCUCACCUUCCGUUAUAGAUGCAGUGUACUGA